AUGCCUGUCUACGAUCCCACGCCCGAUGUCUGGACCAUCAAGUUCAAGAAUGCCCGCACAACCGUCGUCCUCUACGUCUACCAACUCCAAACACUCGCAAGCAUCAAACUCGAACUCCUACACGCUCUCAAAACCGGAAACCCCUCUGGCCAACUGAACGGCGCAACUCUGCCCCACUCGGCGGACGACAUCGAACUCGCCAAACCGCGCGACCUCUCAAAUCCUGGCACUUCAGGUUGGCAGAGCAUUGAACCCCAUGCUCAGAUUGACGACUUUGAUGCCGAUCUAUUCGGAGGUGACAGUGUCCCAGCAAGAGCUAAAGGAAAGGGGAAAGCAAAGGCAAAUGGUGCAGGCCACAAGGACAGCCCCUUGGGCGCUGGCUUGAAGGACAAUGCUAUCGUGGCUUUCCGCUUUAAGGGGCAGAGGACCGUCUCUAGACCUGUAAGCGAUGAUAUCGACGAAGGCUUGGGUCUGGAAGACGAUGCUGCGCCUGAUGCCGAUGGCUGGAACGUCGAGUUGCCCAAGUUCGAGGACGUCUACGGCCUGAACGACUUAGUGCCCGAUGACCAACUUCUCACUCCCAAGGCUGACAAGUUCACUUGGGCUGCUUGA